GCGGGCGAUCAGGGAAGCUGCCACAUCGGAGCGAUCCAUUGGUUUGCAGUGUUGGGUGUCGCCGAUUGAUCGAGCUGCCUUUCCUGGUUGGCUUCCAGUGUUGGAUCACAAGACAGCUCAGAUGUCGCCUUCGCCACCGUGUCGGUCGUUCUUCCGCUCGCCAUUUAUUUAUUGCCGUUGAUCGAUCCGUUUUUUUAUUUUAUUUUACUUUGUUUCUUCCUCUUCAACUUCAAAGUCAUCUUCUUUUUUGCCCCCCGUUCGCCUGUUCCUUUAUGGUUUUUACUGAUCCGGUUGGUGCAGUGCAAGUAAGAAGCAAAGAAUAAUAAGUAGUGGUGGGAUUGAGAGAAGGGGAGAGGGUUGGGUUGGAAGGCGUCUCGCUGGCAUCACAUUGCUUUAGCGAAAGACAGAGAUUGAGUGUGUGAAUCCGAGAAGGAGAGAGAGGAGAUAAAGAGCAGCUUCGCCUCCUCUGCUGCGGGCUCUGAGAGUGCCGAGUCUUCCUGGAGAAAAAAAGCAUAGGGAUGCGACCAUGGUGCUCUAAUGACGCCGCAGUAGCCUUGAUUUGAAUAAAGUUGCCGUCUUUUUUUUUGCUUCUAUCCCGUGAUUUGAAGUAAUAUCUCUUGCCGGCGCAUGGAGGCGAGCGCCGGGCUGGUCGCCGGGUCGCACAACCGGAACGAGCUCGUUGUCAUCCGCCGUGAUGGGGAAUCGGGGCCGAGGCCGCUGCAACAGUUGAGCGGGCAGGUCUGCCAGAUCUGUGGCGACGACGUCGGCCUCACCGUCGACGGCGAUCUCUUCGUCGCUUGCAAUGAGUGCGCGUUCCCCAUUUGCAGGAUUUGCUAUGAGUACGAACGCCGGGAGGGAAACCAAGUCUGCCCUCAAUGCAAAACAAGGUUCAAGCGGCUCAAAGGGUGCCCUCGUGUGCCUGGAGAUGAAGAAGAGGAUGAUGUCGAUGAUCUUGAACAUGAAUUUGAAUGGGGUGAUGACCAUGACUCACAGUACAUGGCGGAGGCCAUGUUGCAUGGCCACAUGAGCUAUGGUCGACAUGGUGACAUAAACAACCCUUAUAUGGUUCAUCCUAUGCCCCAAGUCCCACUUCUCACCAAUGGAGAGAUGGUCGAUGACAUUCCUCCUGAGCAGCAUGCCCUUGUUCCUUCUUUCAUGGGUGGUGGAGGGAAAAGGAUUCAUCCUCUGCCCUUUCCAGAUCACAAUCUUCCAGUGCACCCUAGAUCGAUGGACCCUUCGAAGGAUCUUGCGGCUUAUGGAUAUGGGAGUGUGGCAUGGAAGGAGCGGAUGGAGAGUUGGAAGCAAAAGCAAGAGAAAUUGCAUAUGACGAGGAGCAAUGGCGGCAAUAAAGGAUGGGAUAAUCAUGAUGAUGAGUCUGAUUUACCAUUAAUGGAUGAAGCUAGGCAACCAUUGUCACGAAAGCUACCGAUCCCUUCUAGUAAAAUAAAUCCAUACAGAAUGAUCAUCUUAAUUCGACUUGUAGUUGCUGGGUUUUUCUUCCAUUACCGGGUUACAAACCCUGCAAAAGAUGCAUAUCCAUUGUGGCUCAUAUCAGUCAUCUGUGAAAUCUGGUUUGCCCUUUCUUGGAUUCUCGAUCAGUUUCCCAAGUGGCUUCCAAUAGAAAGGGAAACUUAUCUUGAUAGAUUAUCGUUAAGGUAUGAAAAAGAAGGGCAACCUUCUCAAUUAGCUCCAAUCGAUGUAUUUGUGAGUACAGUCGAUCCUAUGAAGGAACCCCCUUUAAUCACUGCAAACACUGUUCUCUCGAUCCUCGCUGUGGACUACCCAGUGGAAAAAGUAUCCUGCUAUGUCUCAGAUGAUGGUGCCGCUAUGCUGACAUUUGAAGCAUUGUCAGAAACAUCUGAGUUUGCAAAGAAAUGGGUUCCAUUUUGUAAGAAAUUCAAUAUAGAGCCUCGUGCACCUGAGUGGUAUUUUCAACAAAAGAUCGAUUAUCUGAAGGAUAAGGUCCAUCCUUCAUUCGUAAAGGAGAGAAGAGCAAUGAAGAGAGAAUAUGAGGAAUUUAAGGUACGAAUAAAUGCCCUGGUUGCAAAAGCACAAAAGGCACCUGAAGAAGGGUGGACAAUGCAGGAUGGAACACCAUGGCCUGGAAACAAUGUCCGUGACCAUCCAGGCAUGAUUCAGGUCUUCUUGGGUCAAAGUGGUGGGCAUGAUGUCGAUGGGAAUGAACUUCCACGCUUGGUUUAUGUCUCAAGAGAAAAAAGACCUGGUUUCAAUCACCAUAAAAAGGCUGGAGCCAUGAAUGCUUUGGUCCGAGUCUCUGCUGUACUUACAAAUGCACCUUAUCUGCUGAAUGUCGAUUGUGAUCAUUACUUCAACAAUUGCAAGGCAGUACGAGAAGCAAUGUGUUUUAUGAUGGAUCCACUUGUGGGAAAAAGAGUGUGCUAUGUGCAGUUCCCCCAGAGGUUCGAUGGCAUUGAUCGACACGAUCGAUAUGCUAAUCGGAACAUUGUGUUUUUUGAUAUCAAUAUGAAAGGUUUGGAUGGGAUUCAAGGACCUAUUUAUGUUGGCACAGGAUGCGCUUUUAGAAGACAAUCACUAUAUGGAACUGAUGCUCCAAAGAAAAAGAAGCCUCCAAAUAGGACUUGCAACUGUUUGCCUAAAUGGUGCUGCUGUUGCACUGGCAGCAGGAAGAAGAAGGCCGCAAAAAGUAAGCAGGAAAAGAAAAGGUCUGGUUCGAAAAGUGCUGAGAUUGCUGGAGGACCAGCAUAUGCUCUUGAAGGUGUCGAAGAAGGUGCUAAAGGCAAUGGGAUUGAAAAACACAAUAUGACAGCUGAGCAGAAGUUAGAAAAGAAAUUUGGGCAGUCUCCUGUGUUUGUUGCAUCCACUCUCCUAGAGAACGGUGGAACACCGAAAGGUGCUACUCCAGCUUCUUUGUUGAAGGAAGCUAUCCAUGUUAUUGGCUGUGGUUACGAAGACAAGACAGAUUGGGGAAAAGAGAUUGGAUGGAUCUAUGGUUCAGUGACAGAAGAUAUAUUGACUGGUUUCAAGAUGCAUUGCCAUGGUUGGAGGUCUAUCUAUUGUGUACCGUCAAGACCCGCAUUCAAAGGUUCUGCUCCUCUUAAUCUUUCAGAUCGUCUUCACCAGGUUCUUAGGUGGGCUCUUGGUUCUGUUGAAAUUUUCUUGAGCAAGCACUGCCCUCUAUGGUAUGGAUAUGGAAGCGGGCUCAAAUGGCUGGAAAGGAUGUCGUAUAUCAAUGCUACUAUCUAUCCCUGGACCUCGAUUCCUCUGUUGGCAUACUGUACCUUGCCUGCUGUUUGCUUGCUCACCGGAAAAUUUAUCACUCCAGAACUCUCUAAUGUAGCGAGUCUUUGGUUCUUGUCACUUUUCAUUUGUAUCUUCGCGACGGGUAUCCUUGAAAUGAGAUGGAGUGGUGUUGGCAUUGAUGACUGGUGGAGAAAUGAACAGUUUUGGGUUAUUGGAGGUGUUUCCUCGCAUCUCUUUGCUGUGUUUCAGGGGCUUCUAAAGGUUCUUGCCGGUAUAGACACCAAUUUCACUGUGACAUCAAAGGCCGGUGAUGACGAAGAGUUCUCCGAGUUGUACACGUUCAAGUGGACCACACUGCUCAUCCCUCCCACAACUUUGCUUAUUGUGAACUUCAUUGGCGUCGUAGCGGGUGUCUCUAAUGCAAUAAACAAUGGGUAUGAAUCAUGGGGGCCAUUAUUUGGGAAGCUCUUCUUCUCCUUCUGGGUGAUCGUCCAUCUAUAUCCUUUCCUCAAAGGUCUCGUUGGGCGCCAGAACCGGACACCAACAAUCGUCAUCGUCUGGUCCAUCCUCCUUGCAUCAAUUUUCUCGUUGCUCUGGGUACGAAUUGAUCCAUUCUUGCCAAAAUCAGAUGGCCCUCUUCUGGAGGAGUGUGGACUAGACUGCAACUGAGCAUGAGAGACCCCCUAUCAGAAUGUUCCUAGAUUACGGUUCACUCGUUGGCAUCAUAUUACAGGACAUCCACACUGAUACACAACAGUUUCUUCAGUCGUUCAUCGAUAGGAAGACAGUGUGCUCCUUUUUUCCUCGUUUUGUUCUCUACUCUAGCUACAAACUCGUAUCACAGAAUCGGUGAAGCUGUUUGUUUGUGUAAGAACAGCAUGCAAUUGCAAGUUCAGCUCUGACGAAUGGCAAGAGAAGGGCCAUCUUCUUCAAGCUUCAUUUCAGUUAAUCUGUACAUCAAUUCUUCACAAUAAGGCAUGCCUUCCCUGAUUCCGUCGUGGUGGAGGUUCAUCAAACAUUCUGUUGGUUGAUUUUAUUACCUCUUUUUUGGGGGAAUUAUUUAUUUAUGGAGAUACAGAACGAUAUAAAGAGAAAAGAUUUAUAGUAUGUAUUUUAUUUAAUUACACCUUCAUCAUCAUUUGUAGCUAUCCCAAAGAAACUUGUGUACUCGUAUGUUAAACCCUCAGAGGGAUUACCUUCUGUAUUUUGCACUUUUAUAGCCCAUAAAUUGCAGGUUUGUUUGUGCUUCA